CCAACCGUCGUCGUCGUCAGUCUGGAGAAGGUCCUCGCGGCAAGCACACACGGGCACGUCGUCGAAAGUUUUCGCGCCACGCGAGUGACUCAUUCAAGUGUGUUUGCGCUAUUUGCUCAACCAUUGAUCUAGAUAUCGGGAUUAGCAGCGUGAUGUCAUUUCGACUUCCGGUGGCUUGAAAAGGGAGAACUAUGGGUUCAUCUGGAUUCGAAACCGAACAUUAUACGCUGCAAAGUCUAUCCUCGUCCAACGACCAUGAGCCAAUGUACGGGCAGUGGGUCAAGUCCGAGUCGACGUGCAGUUUAUCCGAGGCCGAGACUUCGAUCUCCGACCCGAAGAAAGUGAAACGCCGAGUUCGCCACAAUGUACGCAGCACCCGCAUCAACUCGGCCUACACGCCCCACAAUCGCCUCUCGAGGUACAAAAUCGCUCUCAACAGUAUUAUCCCGUUUCGACUAAGCAACACCGGCUCAACGGACCUCCCCGUCGAUAACGUGGGCUGCUUGUCCAACAGCUCGUUCUCCUGGAUCCGCCGGUUCAUCAUCUCACCAAGUGCGUACCAGGCCCUGCCGACGGCGAGGACGCCCGAGGACAGUGUCCUGCUGCUGCCAAAGCGCCCAUACGCCGACAGCUGCGAGGUCAACUGCCGCCGACUGCUGGGAAUUUACAAGUACGAGGAAACGCUGAAUGGCCGCAAGAAGGUUUCCAUGUUCAAGGUCAUCUGGAGGUUCACGAGGACGCGUGCCCUAAUUGCUGCACUCUUCCACUGCAUGGCCAUUGGGUUGGGAUUUUUGGGUGUGGUCCUUUUUGGAACGCUGACCGUUGAGUCCAUGCAAGCGGUAGUGACGGCCAACUGCCAGAAUUGUACCGCGAUCGCAAACUGUUCAAAUGUUCCUCCGGCGAUUCUUGGCAUUAGGUUCGGGAUGAAUUCGGACGUUUGCACAAGCGAGUUGGCUGAGGAUGAGUUUUAUGGAUUGUCGGACCGGUUGCUGCUUUCGGGUGGACUGUUCCUGAGCUUCUUCGCGGCCAUGAUCUUUAACAGCAUUCGCAACUGGUUGAACCUGCGGACAGCUGUACGUCUGCGAACGGCCGUUCUUUCCUCGAUCUACAAAAGAGCCCUCAAGAGUAACGUCAUCAAUCACGUGUCCGCCCACCAGAUCAUGACCAUGGCCAACGAGGAGAGUGAAAUCAUCUUUCACAUUGUUGAUUCGAGUGUCCAGCUGAUUGGGAUCGUAUUCGGGUUUGUGUUGGCCUUAAUCGCAGGUUUCGUACUGCUGCCGAUCUCUGGAGUUGUUCCGCUGCUUGGCGUGCUUCCACUCCUGCUGCUUCUGAUCAUAACCGGAAACAUUGCCAAGUCUUACUACCGAAAGUUUCUCGGUUUCGGAGCUCAGAAGCUGUCGACCGUUCAGAAGAUCUGUCUCAACUUCAAGAACAUCAAAUCACUGCAACUAGACUCAGUUCUGUUGAGUAGCUUCGUGGAACAGCUGAAUCGACAGUACCGAGCGCUGCAAUGGUGCAACGUGUACUCGACCAAGUUCUCCGGAGGGGUCACCUCGGCCAUUCUGAUCGGUGGCUUGUACUUGAUCUGGUGUGACACCAACAUCAAAACGGAAAGUACCGAAGUCUUGAUCUUGUUGCUGAUCUUUGGUCACCACGUGCAACGACUCAUGCUGGAUUUUUGCAACUCGAUCUACUACGUCCUGCAAGCUACGGCAUCGCUCGACAAGCUCAAACAGUCGUACCAACUGUCCACCCCGGACAAUGUCCGGCUGAAGCCCUCACGGGAGAAUCUGGUGAUCCAGAUCAACGAGGUGGAAGUGAAGUGGCCGGCGGCAAACGAUCGCGACAAAGGCUUCCUCAUGUAUUUGAACAAUUUUGACGUAGUGACUGGGCAGAACAUCGGAGUGACCGGAAACAGCGGCGGAGGCAAGACGACGCUGCUGCACUCGAUUCUUCGCAACACGGAAGUACGCAGUGGGAAGAUUCUUCAGCGUGGUAAGUUGGCGUACUUUCCUUCGCGACCCGUGCUCAUGAAUGCAAGCUUGAAGGAUAACGUUCUGUUUGGUGAGCCGUUGGACGCCCAAAGGUACUACUUUGCCAUCAACGCAAUGAAACUCAACGAGGACAUCCUGAAGGCGGCCGGCGUCGACGACAUUCCAAUUCCUUAUCUGGAACUGACCGUCCAGCAAAUGGAGAGGAUCGUUCUGGCUCGAGCCAUCUACUGCCACCGACAGAUCAUAAUGCUCGAUGAGCCACUGGAUCGCUUUGCCGAUCGUCACUUUGCCAAGGAGCUGUUCCUCCAGAUGCUGAACGCCUUCCGGCUGGACAAAAAGACGGUCAUCGUGGUGACUCAGUUCGACGAGCUGCUGCAGUACUGCGAUCGCGUCUUUCGAAUCGAAGACGGUUCCAUCUACCGGGAGGGAAGUUACGCCGAAAUCCUGAACAUGCCUUCGCACGUCGAGAUGACCCGACGAUGCAACAUUGAAUCUGUCAGUCGCGGCGGUGACCAGCAGCUGUACGAAGGAAGUGAUCCCGCGGCGCUGCACAUUGCCAAAAAUGCCAAAACAGACCGUCGAUCGCGUCGAUUCAGCGGAGGUGAAGAACCGUUGGAGAGUGGAAGUGAGGUGUUUGGCGUCAAGACUGCUAAGGUUGCUGUCCGGAGUUUCUCGGUUUGUGACUACGUCACGCUAGUGCUACUCCAUGCCAUCAACAAUUUGCUGUACUUUGGACCGAUCUUCACGCUGGUGGUCAUCGUUGAGCAAGGCGAUAUCCGGCCGUGGUUGAGCUCGAUUUGUCUGGCGGUAAUCCUGUGCACGUUUGUGGUAGACAACAUCGCCAAGGUCUACAUCGCGCGAGUCACGACCAAUCGGAACCGGUCCUACCAACAGUCCCUGCUGAAGGAACUGUUGAGCAGCUCGUUGACGUACCUUCAAUCGUCCAGCAUAUCCGACGUGAUCGACCUUUUCAGCGACACGAUUUCGGUAGGUUUCCAGCAGAUCGACAGCUGCAUCAACCACGGCCUGGUUGUUGUGUACUCUCUAGUGUUGCUUGUAAUAGCAAACUACUGGAUCGCCAUUGUCGGAGUGCUCCUCGUUGCGUUUGCCGUCGUGUUGAUCUGCUACCUUCGGUACAGCGUACGACAUCUCUACAGCCAUGAACAUCUCUCCAAAAGACGUAUGUUCUCAAUACUGACGAACCAUCUGGAAGGACGCGUCGUGACCCAGUCGUUUGACCACAUCCCCAAUUUUAUACAGGAGUUUUACAACAACGUCGAAGAGAACAGCACCGCCAUCUACAUGAACAAGUCGUUAAAGUUUUUCGCCGAGUUCUGGAUCAACUUCUGCGCCUACGUCCCCGGCUUGGUCACCCUGCUGUUGGUACUGUUGCUUACCCCGCAAUCGGAGCUGUCGAUCCAUCGGUAUGUUUUGGCCAUUUUCGCGUAUCUCGCACUCGUCCACGGGCUGGUUAAGUUUGUAGAAGCAGUGCUGUCGGCCAUCAUUGCCACCAAAAAGGUUGACGUCCUCCGAGGUCACAUCGAGGAUCUGCAAACCAUCCAAGAACCAGACCAGCCAGCGUCCCUCACCCGCUCAGACAUUGGAGUUUCGGUCGUCUUCCGGGACAUUGUGUAUCGCGUCGCAAACCGAAAGCUCCUUCGGAUUCCCAAGCUGAACAUCCAAGCCGGUGAAACGGUAGCACUGACCGGCACCGGUACCGGUCUCAUAGUGCCGCUACUUUGCCGGAUCAUCGACCCAAACCAGGGCACGGUCAGCUUGAACCAGAUCGACAUAGCCCGGCUGAGUACGGGCCAGCUCCGGCAGCAGAUCGGCGUAAUUUGCGCGAAUCCGUGCGUCGGAGACGACAUCACGAUCGGUCGGUUCCUCAACCCGGACGGCAGUGUUCCGGCGGAUCAGAUCAACGACGUGCUGAUCGAGGUCAAGCUGUUCGAGAGCGUUGCGAGGAUGCAGAACAAAAUCGACGAGAGCAUCGGCCGGCUGUCGCUCAAGGAUCGCCAGCUGCUGUGUCUGGCCAGGUGCUACUUGCGGAGACCUUCGCUACUAAUCGUGGAGCAGCCCCAUCCGGACGUGAACGAAAUCAUCGCCACGGUGGCGAAACGGAAGUUUGCCGAGCAAACCGUCAUCGUGCUGGCAUCGCACGAGGCCCAGUACCGAAAUUCGUGCGAGCGGGUCAUCGAUUUGAACGCGCUCUAGUAAGGGACUAGAUAAGGGACAUUUUUUCACAACUCUUUACAAAUGACAAAAGUGAGCGAGCGUGUGUUGUUUUUUUUCUCUAAAGUCAAAUACUUUUAUUUAUAUUCAAGGAAAAAGAACCACAAAUUGUUUACAAAUAAAUAAGAACAGUGAAAUAUAUGUAUUCAUGUAUAUCACGAA